AUGGGUAUGGACGAUCUUCCAUCAGAUAUUUCAUUGAAUAUAUUUUCUCGUUUAGAUGUUGAUUCAGUUUUAGAUUGCAAACUUGUUUGCAGAACAUGGCGAAAUCUAGUUAAGAAUCCAUCCUUUGCUCGAAGUCGCCUUGCUUGCCGCAAGUUAUUGUUGCAAAAUUUUGACGAGAAUGACACUCAUCAAGAUCUUUCAUCUGAUACAUGUGAGACUUUUCAGUCGGGGUUCCUUUCGUUGGAAGAACUUGGCAACAAAUCUGAUGACUGCAGACUUCACUACGUUGAAUAUGAUGUGAAUUUUAAGAAGAAGUUUUACGAAAUUAAAAAUAAAACGAUCAACAUUCCUCCCAUUAAGAAGACAUAUCUCACCAUGAUUGGUUCAUGCAAUGGGUUGAUUUGUUCUACUGUGCGCCACCAUCGACUGAAUGACCCUAUACACAUAUGUAACCCCGUCACCCUAGAAUAUGUUUAUCUUCCUAGAUACGUAAGUGGAGUUGGUACACAUAAAAUGGCGAGUGGAUUUGGUUACAGUCCUUCGACUGAUGAGUAUAAAGUUGUUAGAAUCUACAAAAAAUCUGUUCAUACUGCAUGGUGCUUUCAGGUGUAUAUUCUUGGUAAUGAGAGUCGUAAAUGGACAGACGAAAAAGAAAUCCCGAACCGGUUUGAGAAUUGUUUUCGAUAUUCAACAGGUAUUCUUGUAAAUGGAGAGAGAUAUUGGCUGGAGCAGGCAUCAAAGAUUGUUGCCUUCAGCUUAGCCGAUGAGGAAUUCCGCGAUGUAGCUUCACCACCUUUUGUAGAACGUAGUGGAUAUGAUGAUAAGAGACUUUGUGCGUUUGGAGACUGGUUAUGUCUUUUGGACAAGGAGUUUACUGUGUACGCCGAGACUAGAAGUCUUAUUCCACUCGCUUUCACCAAGAAAGGCAAAGUUUUAUUUUGGCAGGAUCAUAGAUUUGUCUCUUGUUACGACCCAGAAACUGCCAUACUUGAGAAACUUAGUAAGGAUGAAAAUAAUGAUAAAGCCGAUUUGGAAUCUUAUCACGAAGCUCAUCACAUUAACAGCUUUGUUUCCCUGAAAGCACUUGGUGUCCAAAACUGUAGGAGAAGACUGAAAUAUAUGGCGAAGUAA